AUGGGUGCACCCUCAUCCCCCCAGCUGGCAGAGGCCAGGGGGUGGCAGGGAGGUGGCCACGCUCAGGGGACCCCCGGUGGGGAUGGGGGCCGACUGUGGGCGGUGGGAGGAUGGGCUGGGCCUCCUUUCUUCCAGCUCUUCGACUACCUCUCCGAGUGCAUUUCCGAUUUCCUGGACAAACACCAGAUGAAGCACAAAAAGCUGCCCCUGGGCUUCACCUUCUCCUUCCCCGUGCGGCACGAGGACAUCGACAAGGUGAGGGGGCGGCUGGGCAGUGUGAGGACUUGGGGGGUCCCUAUGACCCCGAUACACCUGCGUGUGCAAGGCGACUUCGAGAUGGACGUGGUGGCGAUGGUGAAUGACACGGUGGCCACGAUGAUCUCCUGCUACUACGAAGAUCACCGGUGCGAGGUUGGGAUGAUUGUGGGUAAGACGGCCCCUUCCCGCCGGGACGCGCGCGACUCCGGCGACUGCAAGCAGAUCUACAACAUCCUGACGGCCUUCGAGCUGCUGCCUUCGGGGACGGACUGCGACAUCGUGCGGAUGGUCUGCGAGAGCGUCUCCACCCGCGCCGCCCAGAUGUGCUCGGCCGGGCUGGCCGGCGUCAUCAACCGCAUGCGGGAAAGCCGGAGCCAGGAGACCCUCAAAAUCACCGUAGGGGUCGACGGCUCCGUCUACAAGCUCCACCCCAGCUUCAAGGAUCGCUUCCACGCCACGGUUCGGCAGCUGACGCCUGGCUGCGACAUCACCUUCAUCCAGUCGGAGGAAGGCAGCGGGCGCGGGGCCGCGCUCAUCUCGGCCGUCGCCUGCAAAAUGGCCUGCAUGAUGGGGCAGUGA